AGUCCAAACCACAAAGGUCUGCCAAGACAAAAGCUGAGAGUGACCACAGGCAUUGUAGCUUGUUCCCCUCCGAUCCAGGUGCCCAUCCGAGAAGGACUUCUGGUGACAGCCUCCAAGUCGCUGCUGUGGGAGUCUGUCUUGGGCUCUUGUUUUUCUACCUCCAGCCAGCAGGUGUCCACAGCGCAGCCAACUCGCAGUUGGCUUCAAGCAACUGAGAGAGCUUCAGUAGAACAGUUUAGGUGAGGGUUUCAGCUCGGGAGCGGCAGGACUGCUGGAAAAUGAACAUCACUGUUGAAACCACCAAGCCUGCACUGCUUCUAGAUGCAGGGGAAAUCACACUUGGGAUACAAAGUAGGAAGGAAAUGGAGAAUCAUUACAGGGUAAAAGAGAACAGGAACAUUUUAACAGCUCUGUGUGCUCUGAUAAAUUUUGGAGAGGGAAAGGUCAAGGUUCAAAGCAAAAAUCCAGACUAUAGUUUGGCCAAACAUGGAGUAGGAGAUGAUUUGGAAACCUCUUUUAAGAACAUUUGGCCAUCUACACCCCUGGUCUUCAAGCAAGAUCAACUCAACGUUUUCAUCUGUGUACAACCGCAGAGUCCAGACGGCUCUGGUGGGAAGCCUGCCACCAUUGCAAUCAAUUUGUUCAUGAGAAAUGGGGCAUCUUCAGUUGAAAUGAGUUUUGAUGUUGCUCAGGAGUUCUUAGAAAAGAUGGCGGGCGCGGGAGGAAGGUCACCUUUAGCAAGGCUGAAAGGGAAAAGGCCUGGUGAUGGUUUACAAGAAGAAGUCCACGUGCAGGAGUUGGCCGCUGCUUUUUUUAAACAGUCAAAACUUACAAAAAUGGAAAAAUUCCCUUUUAGCGAAUCCAAAAAUGUUGAAUAUAAAUCUUUUGAAACAAAAAAGCUGCUACAGCGAGUUAAAGAGAUUCUCCCUCGAACGGUUUCGGCCUUUGCCAACACUGACGGGGGAUAUUUGUUUAUUGGUUUGGAUGAAAAAGAACAGCAAAUAGUUGGUUUUGAAGCAAAGAAUUGCCAUCCUAAGUGCUUAGAGAGUGAAAUAGAAAAGUGCAUCCGACAGCUGCCUGUCACUCACUUCUGUGAGGAGAGGGAGAAGAUCAAGUACACGUGCAAAUUCAUGGAAGUGCACAAACCCGGAGCCGUGUGUUCAUACGUGUGUGCGCUCCGAGUGGAGAGAUUCUGCUGUGCAGUGUUCGCUGCAGAGCCGGAUUCCUGGCACGUGGAAGACAACCAUUUAAAGAGAUUUACCACAGAGGAAUGGGUCAACCAAAUGAUAGCUUAACAAGCCAGGUUCAGGAAGGGGAACCGGCAAUUCAAAUACAUUUAGCUAGGGAAGAUGGAAGGGUUUCUCUUUGGGAUUUGAGCUACGAUCCCAAAUUAGUCUUGAUGAUUCCGUUACUGAUCCUUGCCAUCAUCACUGCAUCUGUAACCUACCUGGGAGCCCAGAUCCCUCUCUCCCUGUUUUUACCUCAACUCUCUCUACUCACUUGGAAAGAAAGCGUCCCCACCCCAACAUCUCCCCAGUUGAGAGCUCCGUUUCCGGGAGCUGGCAAGUCUUUCAGGAAUCCUCCAUUCAGUUUCACUCCUACCCCUUUCCUGUGCUCCUUUCUCCCUAACCUUCUCUCCUCUCAGUCACAUUAUUGACAAUGCUCGGCUCCGUGGAGUAUGCUGCGCUGCUCUCUCAGGUCUUGCAAGAGGAAAGUCUCCGAUGAGGCCAGACCAGCACCAGCACACCCAGUCUGCAAAGUUCCCCACAGCGGCUCCCAUCUCCCGGCCCCUCCAAGCUCACUGCUGCUUCGUGAGCCCCCUCCAACCUCUUGCUUUUUAUGACUUUUUCAAUAAACAGAUUGAUAGACAAAUAAAAGCCUCAACAUUCUGCUCAUCAUA